AGGUCGUUGUGAGGUGCCUUUUCCGCGAAAGUCACAACUUGCCCAGGGAGCAAAGAGGACUUUAUGGCAGAAAAUGUCUAGUCAUCGCGAACAGCCAGCACGGCCAUGACGACUCUUGACUCUUUUCUUAGAAGGUACUGCCUGACCGCCACAUCGGCGCAGCAUCGCCGUCAGUUGUGGUUGCGCCGGUCGGCUAGGCGCAACGCUGAUGAACGUGGUAGGUUGCCCUAGGAAUCAGACUGAUUGUCGCCUAUCAGCAGAGCCUUGCCUCCAUACAGGCCGCGGACUGGCUGUGGCAAGUGGCCAGACGACCUCGUUCAUUCGAUCAAGCUCACACCGCUGUUCUGGAUGGUGCACAGCAUUGGGCGCCGAAGUGUUCGGAUUGGGUAGCAGCUCACUUCUCUUUAUCAAUGGCAACGAAGUCCUUGCGAUGGAUCUGAGCUUUACCCAAGACCGACGUAGGAUUGAGGCACUCCAAGGUAGGCGCACCAUUGGGCUUCAUCGAGCUGGCCUUUACCAACAUCGUCGAGGCAGAGCCCAGCAUUGUCCGUAUGAAGCUGAGCAAGGACUUUUCUCGGGUGGGCAGUGUGCCACGUGGAAAGGGUGUAUCAACCUCUCCAGGGCUGAUGACGGUCAAGUUACUUCCGCUCGACUGGAUGGCCCCCAUUUACAUGCCGGCUGACUCUUAGACCGCGCUUGGAGAGCUUCAAUGUUUCAAGGGCACCCUUCGCCGAUCUGGGCUUGUGUCUUGCAAUCAGUUUGCACUCGCAAUUUGUGUCAGGGUCAUCAGGCGAUAUAAAGAAGAAAGUUUCUGCCGC